CUCAUCCUCCCAAGCUGUGUUCUUGUGAUAGCAGGGACGCACUCAAGGCUGCCGGUGACAGUUCAGAGAGCGCGGAGUAACGGCGGAGCACCGAGGGAAAUUACUUUUUCCAACUCUCAUUAGCGCUUUUUUCGAAAAUGAAAGUGGUGCGUAAAUGUCUGCGUAAAAACCAGCGACCAACUUUGGAUUAGGCGCCAGAUACUAUAAUUCUGUGUUUGAUGAAUAUAACGUUCAUAUAGUUUGGACAAGUGACAGAAGUUGACUUUUUUAAGGGGGGAACAGAUGCUUUUUGAAGGCAUACCUAUGCGCUGAUCUUAUUUCCACCAUGGCUUACUCUCAGCUGGGAUACUCUUACUCCACUUCACCACAGUUUUUGAUGACCACGAGCCCUCUAGCUGGCUGUCUGGAGCCGGGAUCCCCUCAGUCCCACCCGGCUCUGCGCUCGCCGGGCCACCAGCUCACCUCUGGCAGCAGCAUCGGUGUUUGCAACCCUUACCCAAAGCGUCAAGCGUAUUAUAACACCUGUACCGGCGACCCCACCUCACUGUAUUCCAGAGGAACAUUGCAACCUAAAAGUGUAGCUGCUUCUGUACACAUGGGGACACCUCAGACGCCUGGUUACUAUCCUUAUGAAUAUACAUUUGGACAUUAUUCUUAUGACAGAUAUGGUUAUUCCUCCUCGGAAGGAGCUUCACGGCGUAAAAACGCUACCCGGGAAACAACUGGCACCCUGAAGGCCUGGCUGCAAGAGCACCAGAAGAAUCCUUACCCCACUAAAGGAGAGAAAAUCAUGCUGGCAAUCAUUACCAGGAUGACCCUCACACAAGUGUCUACAUGGUUUGCCAAUGCCCGCAGGAGGCUGAAGAAGGAGAACAAGGUGACAUGGUCGCCACGAGCUUGUAAAAGCUCAGAUGACAGAGGUCGUGAUGAAGACAGUGACGACGCAGAAAAGUCACUUAAAGGUGAUAAAGACCACCAAGAUCAACAGUCUGCUGACCUGCAGAGUGAUCUUGAAGACUUCGACCUUUUGGAGUCUGAUGCGUCCGACUGUGAACCAAAGCCGCAGUUCAUACCCGAGGACAGUGAAGUCAAUUCAAACAAUCCACAUGGUCACCUUGCGUACAACUCCGAGCCGCUGCACAGCUCUGAGAGAUUGUCACCAGACUUCUCUAAAGUCACAACGGUUCAAGACCAGACCACCACCUUCUAUUCAAUGCCAGAUGCACACGAUACAGACAUCAAACCCAAAAUCUGGUCCAUUGCUCACACUGCUGUAUCUCUGGAUCCCAGCUUGGAACCAGAAUAUCCACCAUGUAUGCUGUUGACCAACUCAUCCUCUCCUGGCUUUCCAUCAAACAUGGCACUACCCAAAGCAGACAGGCGGCAGGAAUCACCAGUGGACACACUUAGAGAGUGGGUGGACGGCGUUUUCCAUGGUGUGCCAUUCCACCAGUCAAAGGCAUCUGAUGCCUGGAAAGGUUUGAAUGACACAGCCAUGAGCAACAGAACAUCAGGACAAUCUUUUGAACUUGUAAGAUCAACGACAUCUUUGUAGUAGCCCAACACUGUCAUUUUCAAAGGCUACUGGACUUGUUAAGUUUGUAUUUUGGUGUUGUGACCAAAUGAGUCUUCACAAAAUCCACAUUGUAUUGUGUAUCACCGCUAACAUAAAAUGCACAAUGAUUCUGGAGGUAGAUGUCUCAUCUCAAUGACCCGAAGAAUUCUAGGUCAUGUGACAGGACAGUAAGAGGAGUCUAUUUUACAUUUGUUGAUAUUGUUCCAAAUUUUUACUUUGACACAUAUUCCUAUCACAAUAAUCUAAAUGCCAUGAGAUUAUUAAAAAAACACAGUAACUGAAUAUUUUUCAAUGAUUCCUUGUAAAAUAUGAAUUCUGAAAUGGUUUCUUCAUCUGCACACGCAACCAUGAUCCUAAAAGUUAUGUUUUUCAGCAUGUUUUAAAAGAAAGGACAUCUUUUACUACCAAGAAUCAAUUCACAAUUAAAAAAUAAUAUCUUGCUUUAGUAUGCAAACGUGUCAAAAUAUCCUCAAAAACUGUUAUUUUUUCAAUCUAUUAGAGAAAAGAGACUGAGCCUUAAAAAGCAUGUGCGUUGUGCAUUGUUGUAAAAGAUCCUUAAGUAAAUUAUAAUGUUAAUAACUGUAGUUUAUAUGCUGUAUUCAUGGCUACACAGUUUACGGUAAAUGCAAACCCAAAUAUAAAUACACUUCCUAAAAAUUUCAUGGAAUAUUUAUUUCCAUAAUAAAUAAACUUUCCCGUAACAUUCACAUUUUUUUGACAUUCUAGUUUUACCUUAAGUGACAUUAAUCAUCUUGGGUUUGGAUAAUAAGUAAUAGAAAGUUACUUCACCUGUAAUACGGUGGCUAACAGUCCGGGAUCUUCCCGUGUGAGGAUACUAAGUGGUAAGGAAACUGAAUUGACUGAAGUUAGAUUAGUUGGCAACAUUUGAUGGGCAUUCUAAUAAAAAUAAUUUACAGUACUGAUUUCUUAGCGCUAAAGCUGUAAUUCACAGAAAAUACAUUGAUGAAAAAAGUACUUAAAAUCUUGAAAGACCUACUUUGACCAUAUUUUGGUUAAUAAUGUGAUAAGUGCGUCAGGGAUUAUACUGUAGUUGUCAGUCGGUCAUUUUCAUGGAAUUCUUGCAACAGAAAUCUUGAAAUGAAGUCCAUCUAAAUUAUGUUUAUUAACAUAUAUUUCAUAGUAGGACGGUGAUUCUGCUCUCGUGCAUGCUAACCUUCACAGAAGUAACAAGAAUAAAAGGUUCAAUAUAGUUAUAUGUCCUUACACAAGUUUACCACUAUAUUUCUCAAAUUUUCUAAAUCCUCUAAAACAAUGUGAUUCUGCUCUAUUCCUCGGUGGCCGGGAUGUGUGUGUGUGAGUUUAUGCAAGUGUGUGGUUUGAGGGAGUGAAAUGGGGGAAGUGGAUUGUAUUCAGCCGUGACUAAUGGAAACACACAGAGGAGGGUGCUGCUAAAUUGUUAAAUCGAUGCCACUUCCAGCCGAGCUCCAGAUAUAGCUGCAAUCAGCCAUGCGUCCCCUUUCAUUAGGCAUCUUUUGACUUUGGCAUCCUGGGAAUUCGAGACAACGUUAUGCCAGUAAAAUGCCUCAUAAAACUUAAGUAAUUUUAAGCGAGUGCCACUGGCGCAGUUAUUGGUGCUACGUGUAUCCACUUCAGUGACUUCACACUACAAACAAUUAGACAUGAUGGAAAGAAACAAUGUAAUACCGACGGCACCGUUGUCAUUAAAUGGUGUAUCGUAUCUCCUUAAAAUAUUGUGGGGAAAAAACUGUCAAGUUUAGCACUAAAAGCACUUAAACUAUUGGUUUUAAAACAUAGAACAACAAGAAAUUAUGUCUCCCCCCCUCACCACCACCACCAUUGUUCUCCUGUUUUCGAUUUAGGAGCAGUGAUAAA